AUGUCGUUCGGUCAAUUGGAAGCUAACGAGAAAGUCCUUGUCGGAUGUAUUGGUGGUUCAGGUUUGUACCACCUUGAUAAUCUGACUGUAGUUAAAAAACUCGACAUCACCACACCUUGGGGUAAACCUUCUUCACCCAUCACCAUCUCCUCACUUCCUUCAGGUGAUCUCAUCGCAUUCAUAUCCCGACACGGUGCUCAUCACACCAUCACUCCAUCCGAGGUACCGGCACGAGCGAACAUAGCAGCAUUGAAGCAUAUCGGAUGUGAGGCCAUCAUCGCUUUCUCAGCUGUCGGUUCAUUAAGGGAAGAAAUCGCUCCUGGACAUUUCAUCAUCCCCGAUCAAAUCAUAGAUAGAACAAAGGGUAUAAGGGAAGAUACCUACUUCAGAGGAGAGGGUGUGGUCGUCCACUCAAUGUUCGGUGAACCGUUUUCAAAGAAAUUGAGCGAAUUCGUCGCUCCGAAAGUACAGAAGAUCUUGAGUGAACAGGAGGGUGAUGUCAAGGUGCAUACCGGGAAGACCGUUGUAUGUAUGGAAGGUCCCGCUUUUUCCACUCGAGCAGAAUCAUUGAUGUACAGACAAUGGGGUGGUGAUAUCAUCAACAUGUCUGUCAUCCCUGAAGCGAAAUUAGCUAGGGAAUGUGAACUUGACUACACCCUUAUCUGUACUUCUACCGAUUUCGACGCCUGGAGAGUCGGUGAAGCUCCCGUGACAGUCGAAGAAGUCAUCAAAACCCUUCACACCAACGCCGGUAACUCUCGAGCAGUCGCUGCAGGCUUAUUACAAGACGUCCAUGAUGUAGUUGCUGAAGGCAAGGUGUUGAACGAGAUCAAAGGAUCGAUGAAAUACGCUUGCAUCACUCGUGUUGAGUCACAACCUGAAGCUGCUCGAAAGAAGUUUGCCUACAUUUUGCCUUACUUCUCCGAUUAG